AUGGAGAACUCCUCCCUCCCUGAAACCAAUUCCCUAUGUGCAGACUGCACUGGGAGAGGACAUGGGAGCCUCAAUAUGCUCGCUACUCCCCUAAGCUCCAGGUACUACAUCACAGCGCCUGUCAUCUACUCUGUCAUCUGUGCUGUGGGACUGACAGGCAACACUGCUGUCGUCUAUGUAAUCCUCAAAGCCCCAAAUAUGAAAACAGGAACCAACAUCUUCAUCAUCAACCUGGCCAUUGCUGAUGAGCUCUUUACCUUGGUGCUGCCCAUCAACAUUGCUGACUACCUGCUCCUGCAGUGGCCUUUCAGAGAGUUCAUGUGCAAGCUCAUCAUCUCCACAGACAUUUACAACACUUUUUCCAGCAUCUACUUCCUCGCUGUCAUGAGCAUUGAUCAGUACCUCAUUGUGGUGGCCACCACCGAGUCCAGGAAGGUGUCCUACCAUACCUGCUGAGCAGCCAAGGCUGUGAGCCUCUGCGUCUGGUUCUUUGUCACUGUCAUCAUCCUGCCCUUCACUGUCUCUGCUAAGACACACAAGGAGCAGAGGUGCUCCCAGUGCGUCUUCGUGUUCCCCCACCCCGAGAGUGUGUGGUGGAAAGACAGUCAGAUCUACACCCUUAUUUUAGGCUUUGUCAUCCCAGUGUCCACCAUCUGCACCCUGUACACCACCCUGCUGUGCAAGCUGAGACAGGUGCAGCUCCUCUGCAAUGCAAAAGCUCUGGACAAAGACAAAAAAGAGGUCACACUGAUGGUGAUUGCUGUCCUGGGCGUGUGCCUGUUCUGCCGGACUCCCUUUCACCUUAGCACAGUCCUCAUGAUGGACAUCCCACAAACUCCACUUGUCGUUGGGAUUUCCUAUUUCAUCACCAGCCUAAGCUAUGCCAACAGCUGCUUCAACCCUUUCCUGUACGCCUUUCUGGAUGACAGCUUCCGGAGGAGCUUUUGCAAACUGACAGAUCACAGAAGCACCUCAUAA